AUGGCUGAGCUGGAAGCUAAAACAGACACUGUGCAAUCAAGGCUAAUCAAGGCUGUGGACAGCAUGCUGGGAAAAAUAGACUCCCGUAUUGCCAGUAUGGACACCUGUUUUGCUGGCGUUGUUGCACAACUCGACAAUCUUCAAUGUGAGGUGUCAGGUUUUUGA